AGCGUGUUUAACGGCAUGCCGAUACGAUGCACCGUGUUCCAGCGGAAUCCGACCUUACUCUCGUGGAACAACCUGCCAGAAUCGUACCGCAACGUUCCGUACGUCCGCCAGUCCGCCCUGGCAGCCAACGGUUCGAGUGGGUUGGAUGGAAUGCUGCUCGGGAACUUAGCGGUGGCCCUUAACUUUACCGCCGAAACGAUGGAUGCUUCCGACGGGCUAGAGUACGGCUACCGGUUGGCGAAUGACACCUUCGUCGGUUCGCUGGGCGACCUGCUCGAGUACCGUACGGACAUAUCGUUCAACGUGCGCUUCAUGAAGUACUACGACACGAAUGCGACCGAGUUCCUGCAACCGAUCUACUCCGACCAGCUGUGCGUGCUGUCGCCGAAAUCGCUGGAGAUUCCGCAAUGGUUGGCGAUCUUCCUGUGCUUCCAUCCGUACGUUUGGGCCACGUUUGUGGUGAUCGGGUUCGCCGGCGGUUACGGAUGGUACGGGUUGCGCCGUUGGGCCCUGCGUAAGGUGCAACGCUACGGCGACCAUCUGAGGCGGGGCGAUCGGGCCAAGUGUACCACACUGUCGAUCGAGCUGUGGAUGGUGUUGCUGGGUGCCAGCUCGACCCAUCUGCCCGUGCGAGCUAUCGAACGUUUGCUGCUGUUGGCCUUUCUCGUCGCGAACGUCAUCAUAUCCGGAACGUUUCAGGGUACUCUUACGACAGCCUUUAGCACCAAGUCCUACUACAAGGACAUCAACACGCUGGAAAUGUUGGACCGGUCGGGGUUUCCGAUUGGGACGUCGUCCCGCUCCCUGCUGGACAUCUUCGGUAACGACACAUCGAGCGCCCUCUACCGCUCGCUCAAGGGUAAGCUGCAGAUUCUCAACGACUCGGCGCGACAUCAGGCCGCGUUCCAACGAAAUAUCUGCUGCAUCGAGCGACGCUCGGACGUGCAUCUGAUCAUCAACACCGAGUACAUCCGGGCCGAUGGUCAACCGAUGCUGCACGUCAUCGAGGAGUGCCCCCGGGUGUACUCGCUGGCGUACAUCGUCCGGAAGGGGUGGCCCUUUGCGCCGUUGUUUAAUGACGCCAUCCUGCGGUUCGUCGAGUCCGGUCUCUGCAUGAAGUGGUACGGCGACACCGAGGAUGCGCUGACCUUACGGAGUCGGUUGCGUCAGAUGCGCGAACGCCAAGCCGAGCAAACCCUCCGGAAGCUCACCCUUAUCGACAUGCAGACCUCGUUCUACAUCAUUGUGCUGGGAGUCGCCGUGAGUUUGGUGGUUUUUGUCUUCGAAGUGUUUGUCGGCAAAGGUGAUUAA